UUCAUUGCAAUUCUACGAAAUCUUGAUUCUUGAUGGAUAUCGAUAUCUCAUCCCUUGUUCUAGUUUCUUUGCUCGUAUUUUUUAUGUCGCUUUAUAUCUUCGCCACUCAGACGAAACGAAAAUCCAACAAUCUUCCACCAGGGCCAAAAAAGCUCCCGUUGAUCGGGAACUUGCACCUUUUUGCUAGUUCCGUCGCGCCACAUCGAGUCCUAGCCGACUUAGCCUUGAAAUACGGCCCGUUGGUGCACUUACGACUCGGCGAGGUCUCUACCCUCGUGGUUUCAUCGGCAGAAGUUGCAGAAGAAGUUAUGAAAAAACACGACCUCAACUUUGCCAAUCGACCGUCGCUCUUCUUAGUAGAGAUGUUUUACAAAGAUGCCGAUAUAGCAUUCGCCCCGUACGGUGAGUACUGGAGACAGUUGCGUAAAAUUUGCACGUUAGAGCUCUUGAGCAAGAGACGUGUCCAAUCUUUCCGGCCGUCGAGGGAGAAAGAGAUUUUGGAUAUGUGUAGACGGAUAGCUCAGAAGGAAGGGUCCGUAAUUAACUUGUCCGAAAGAAUCGAGUCUACUCUAUUUAGCGCUCUCGUAAAGGCAUCCGUCGGGAAGAUUGCUAACAAAGAAGGAAUCCUUGUAUCCACGAUCAAAGAAAGCGUCGAUCUUGUAUCCGGUUUCUCCGUCGUGGAUAUGUAUCCUUCCAUCAAAUUGCUACGACUAAUCAGCGGAAUGAAACGCAAAGUAAAGCCGAUGCACGCUAAAAUCGACGCGAUAUUACAAGAAAUCAUCGACGAUCACAAAGUGGCCAUCGGUGAAUCCAAACUGCGCGAAGAUUUUGUCGAUGUCCUAUUGAAGUUCAAUGACGCGGGAAGCGAUCUAUAUCUAACUAUCGACAACAUAAAAGCCGUCCUUUUUGAUAUGUUUGCCGGUGGGAUCGAAACAUCAUCCGUGACCAUAGAUUGGGCCAUGGCGGAAAUGUUGAGACACCCCCGAGUUCUUCAAAAGGCACAAGACGAGGUGAGACGCGUCUUCGCAAACAACGGAUUCGUCGAGGGGUCCGAGUUCGAUAAACUAAAGUACCUCAAGUUCGUCGUCAAGGAGAUCCUCCGACUACAUCCGCCGUCUCCUUUACUACUCCCGCGACAAAACUCGGAAGAAUGCGAAAUUAACGGAUACAAAGUAGCCACAAAGACGAAGGUUCUUGUGAAUGCGUGGGCAAUUGGAAGAGAUCCAAAAAUGUGGAAAGAUGCCGACAGUUUUAUACCAGAGAGAUAUCUUGAUCUUCAUGAGAUCGAUUACAAGGGGAAUAAUUUCGAAUACAUUCCUUUUGGCGCCGGGAGAAGGAUUUGCCCCGGAUCUUUAUUCGGGCUUGCGUACGUCGAGCACGCGCUGGCCGCCCUUCUACUUUACUUCGAUUGGGUUUCGCCGGAAAAUGUCGACAUGGCCGAGUCCUUCGGGGCUACGGCGAGAAGGAAAUAUCCGCUUCGUGUUAUUCCGAUUGUUAGAAAUCCUUUGCCUAUGUAAUUUUAUUACGAUGUUUUACUAUGUUACGGAGUUAAUAAAUGAAAUCAGUCAUUAGGGCGUUUGUGUAGUAAACAACGUAUGGUUUAUAAAAUAUUAGUGUGUUGUUUCGCAAAAUUUGAAUUGGAA